GGUUUCCAUGGCGACCCUCGGAUUUUCAACAUUAGGUAACAACUUUAUACAAGCAAAGCAAAAAAUAAAGGUGACUGCGUCAGUGUAAAACAGCUCGAAACAGCAAUUUCAGUGACGCAAUGGACACAUCUGAGGAGACAGAUGACCAAACGGAUGCAGAGCAGAGUUUUUUCCCCACUGCUGUAUCAGAAGAGGAGCUGGUUGAGGCCAAGAGAAAAAGCACCCUAAAACGUCUGUUUGGCUCCAGUAAAAUCUUUCUUCACACAGAAAAAUCCUGUCAAAGACCAGACCUGCAGGGGAGCCUCAUCAUUCAGAGCAAGGCCGCUGAGCAUUAUACAAAUGGGGAAGAGGCAAUGGGGAAGUCCCAGUAUGAGAGGGCUGUCACCUGCUUCUCCAAAGCCAUCACUCUGAAGCCACAACAGGUUCAGCUGUAUGUGAGCCAGGCAGAGGCCUACCUACAGCUGUGUGACUUCCAGUCAGCAGCAGCCUGUUACAAACAGGCCUGGCUCCUGGAGCCUGGAGCCUUCAGGGAUCGUUUGGCCUUCAUUUACUAUCUACAGGGUCAGUGUUUGUUCGACCAAGGUUUUUUUGUAGAUGCACUGGAGGCUUUCAGCAAAGCUGCUGAGGUGAAACCGGGUUGCAGAGCUCACAAGGUCAGAAGCCUGGCCUGUCUGACAGCUUCAGGUCACCACACUGACUGUCUGAAGCUGGUAAAUGACUGGAUGGCAUCAGAAGGUCCCACCUCCGACCUUUACAUCCUCAGAGCCCGACUGCACAAAGAGCUUAACAAGACAUCAGUUUGUUAUCAUGAUGUGCGGUUGGCGUUGGCGUUGAACCCGACCUGUCCGAUGGCUGGAGCUCUGCAACUCCAGCUGCGGGAAGCGAGUGAACAGGCGAGACAAAGGGCGGUGGAUAAAGCUUUGUGUGGAGAGUUGCCUGAAGCCCUUUGCAUGAUUAAUAUCGCUCUAGCCAACAGCCCAGAGGACGCACGCCUCUACCUGUUCAGAGGGACUCUGUAUAGACGGAUGAAGAACUUCAUACCAGCCAUCGAGGAUAUAAUCCAGGCUGUGGAGCUGAGUGGAGAAGAAGAGAAGGAGGGACCGCAGGAAAUCAGGAGUCAGAAGGUGGAGGUCAGAGAUGAUAAGGCUGAGAGUUGCUCUGUGCAGGAGGAGGCGCAGUUUCAGCUGGCUCUCAUCUACAAUGAUUUUGCCGUUCAGUGCUUUUGCAAAGGUCUCUACGCAGAGGCGACUCUGCUUCUCAACAAAGCCAUUGAGGAAGAAAAGGGCCAGGCAGGCCUGUACCUGAACCGAGGAGGUGAGGCUGUGACACCUGACCUGUCUGUGUACUGUUUCUUUAAGCAGAGUUAUUGGUACUAUGCUCUGGCUGACUACCGGCAGGCUGAGGAGAUGAUGCAGCCAAAUGAUCCUGCUGUCCGCCUCCGCCUCGCUGUCAUUUACAACACGCUGGGAUCUUUGUGUUUCCAGGAUGGGCGUUUCCAGGAGGCAGUCAGUAUGUUUUCUCUGGCCAUCCAGCACAACCCCGCCUCUAGCCGUUACUACGAGAGCAGAUCGAAGGCUUUUCGAAAGCUGCUGAACCUGAGCGGGGCCAGGCAGGACUUCAUCUGCAUGCUGAUUCUGGACCCCACCCACGAGGAGGUGGCUCCUAUGCUUAUGAGUCUGUUCCCAGGCUGCAGGGUCUCUGAUGUAUUGUCCAGCCCAAAAGGACAAGCGAUCAGAGCUCAGCUGAUGGAAACCAUGCAGGAGUGUAGCUCCUCCUCUGAUCCACAAAGACUGAGUGAGAAGCUCUGCAACAUGACUCUGACUAAUGAGAGUGCAGCGAGCCAAUCAAAAGAGCCAAGUGAGGAAGGAAAGGAGCUGGAGCUGUGUGUGAACAAAGAGGACAUGCAGAUAACUGUGAGGAGCCUCCUGCAGUGACUUCACAGCUGUUCUGUGUGUGCAGCAGGUCAGCUGUUCAUUCCUGACACUGCAUCGCUAAACCACACUGGGACGUGACACACUACACACCACCUACCAUCCAUCAGUGCGUCUGUAAACAUGAGAGGAUGCAGUGCUGUGGAGUUGGGCUGUUUGGGUUCCACAUCUCAGAAGUGAUAGCAGGAAUACAGAGAGUGGAACAACCAUCAUCAGCUGUAACUCUGUGUUUUCCUGUAAUUUAAAAUUACACAGGAGUUUGAUGAUCGAGAGAAUCAUUUUUAACAGUGCCUGAUGACAAUGUGCUUCCUGAUACAUUGGCUGUAGAUUGAUAUCAGAGUUUAAAAUCCUAGUUUGACUGAUAGCUAGUGCAGAUUUUUGUAUUUGUACUUUUAGUUGUUCCUUCUGCCUUAGCGAAAUCUAUGAGACACAGCGAAGAUAAAUAUCAUGUCAACAAAGCUGAUAUGAAACAACGUGUCAGUUCAUCCCUGCACAAAAUUGUGUAGAACUGUGUUCAUUAAAAUCAAGAAAAGUAUAACGGUUCAUGCGCCUUAAGGAAAAAAUGAUUCUGUUCAUCUAGACGUAGUUUUUAUUAGUAGGAGAAACAUUUCAUCACUCAUUGAAAUGACUUCUUCCGUCUCAGAGACGACAUUCUUUUUGUUGACCAGCAGGGGUCGGUGUUUAUCUCACUGCAAAUACUGCAUCCAGAUGAACAGGACCACUUUUCUAGGAUUUCUUUACCUGGAUACAUCACAACAAACCUUUCAUGUGAAGAUGCUGAAUAAAAUUAGAAAACUGCA